AUGUUUGAUGCUCAAGGAGAUGUCAUGAUGGGAGGAGGCGAGUAUUAUACUCACCCGGUCCGCAUGACUAUGGGAGAUCAUAAGGAGACACUCCGAUGGGAAGUGGCUACUUUGGAAGAAGGAAUGACCGGUUACCUGCCAAUUAGUUGGGCUAGGAAGUAUAACCCAGAUAUCAAUUGGGAACUCAACACCAUGAGCUGGAGGAGUGACUACUGCAUGCAGAAUUGUCUCCCAGCGGCCACCAAGAUUGAACUGAUCUCUCCAUAUCAGAUGAUGGAAGAAGAAGAGACAGCCUAUCAAUUGGUUGGUUCAGUAUGGCAUGACGAGAAUGGAGGUGAUAUUGCUGAGAAAAUACACCACCUAUACCGGGAAUGGGCUGAUGUAUUCAGUCAAGAAAAGAUUGAGGAAAUGCCGCCGCAUUCCCAUAAUGAUUUGAAGAUCAAACUCUUGCCUGGCACCGCUCCCCCAUUUGGCCCGCUAUACCCAUGUUCCGCUCCAGAAUUGAAGGCCCUUCGCGAGUACCUGGACAAAGAAUUGUCUUCAGGAAAGAUCUCUAGAUCUAAUAGCCCUGCUGCGGUACCCAUACUGUUCAUUCCUAAGAAGGAUGGGACAUUGCGGAUUUGUGUGGAUUAUAGGGGAUUGAACAAGGUCACUGUGAAAGACAAGUACCCGCUGCCUAUCAUGAGUGAGCUCAGGGACAGGUUGUUCAAGGCCAAGAUCUUCACAAAGAUAGACCUGAAGAACGGCUUCAAUUUGAUCAGGAUAGCCGAAGGUGAUGAGUGGAAAACCGCUUUCAGAACCCGCUAUGGACUGUAUCAGUAUAAUGUGAUGCCGUUUGGCCUAUGCAAUGCUCCCUCCGCCUUCCAGGUAAUGAUCAAUGAUGUGCUAAAGGAACUACUGGAUGAAGGAGUGGUUGUCUAUAUUGAUGACAUCCUCAUCUACUCGGAAACUGAGAAAGAGCAUGAGCUACUGGUCAAGAAGGUUUUACAGAAGCUUAGGUAA